AGCCAUAAAAGGAGGCACAAACAAGAGGAUUACAGUCUAGGCCUGUUCAGGCAUAAGGUGAGACCCUAUAUUGGAAAUAUCCAUUGCAAAAAGGAGCUGAAGGCAUGGCUUAAGUGGCAGAGCACCUGCUUAGUAAGCAUGAGGCCUUGAAUUCAAACCCCAGCACUGACACUCGAAAAAGAGAAGUGCGUAUAUGGCACUUGGAUUAUUGGCUAGUUGUUGAUGAAGAGACCUAGCUGGGCCUGGACACCACAAGACCAAGAAAGGAAGUAGAGGUCAGGAUGGGACCAGUACUGGUUUAGGGAAAAUGCUGAGUCUGCGACGGCCUCAGAUGGAAGCUCUUGGUAUUGUUGCAGUGCUAAGAAGUCCUUCUGGCCUAGGCCCUACCUCUCAGGGUAUAGAUUUUCUAAGUAAAGGAUCCUUCCUCUCCCUUGCCUUUUGGACAUUUAAUCGCCUCUUAGCACCUCCAUGAGAGAACUGGGGAAAGUAGUGGAUGAGGGACAGGUAGGUAAACAGGAAGAGAAGGAACUGCUGUCCCUAGGUUUAGUGGAAAGGAUAUAAAAGAGAAGUGAGAAGAGAAAGUGUAGCCUUUCAGAGCUCAGAUUAUCUUUGUAUUAGCUAGACUGUACUAGUAAUAAUAGUUACCGCUAAGCACUUCUGGGUACCCAAGUUUGUACCGAAUGCUUUGUAUCCGUAAUCCCAUUUAAUCCUCAAAUCACCCUUAUGAUUUCAAAGAUAGUUAUAUCUGCAUUAUAAAUGGGGAAGCAGCUCAAGGGAGUAAAUAAUUGUCUGAAAAAAUCACACAACUUCCAAACAAGAGGGCUGGUAUUGGAGUGGGGUCUGUCUGCCUCCAAAACCCACGCUCCCAUGGCAUUGGGCUCCCUAACACCGGGUGUUUGAUGUUGCAGGUGAAGAGAUUGUUUUCUGAAGGCUACGUUGGAGGCUGUGACAGAGCGGAGAGCCUGUGCGGAGCUGAUGGGGAGGCUUUCUGAGUAACAUGGCCCUUUGCCAUUAGCCUUGCCAUGACCACAUUUUUUACCAGCGUCCCUCCCUGGAUUCAAGAUGCAAAGCAGGAGGAGGAAGUGGGCUGGAAACUAGUUCCUAGGCCGCGGGCCCGGGAGACAGAGAGUCAAGUGAAGUGCCAAUGUGAAAUCUCGGGGACACCCUUCUCAAAUGGGGAGAAGCUAAGGCCUCACAGCCUUCCCCAUCCGGAACAGAGACCGUAUAGUUGCCCUCAGCUGCACUGUGGCAAGGCUUUUGCCUCCAAGUACAAGCUAUAUAGGCACAUGGCCACCCACUCGGCCCAGAAACCCCACCAGUGCAUGUACUGUGAUAAGAUGUUUCACCGCAAGGACCAUCUUCGGAACCACUUGCAGACCCACGACCCCAACAAAGAGGCCCUCCACUGCGCCGAGUGCGGUAAGAAUUACAAUACGAAGCUGGGCUACCGCCGCCACCUGGCCAUGCAUGCCGCCAGCAGUGGCGACCUCAGCUGCAAGGUCUGCCUGCAGACCUUUGAGAGCACCCAGUCCCUGCUGGAGCACCUGAAGGCUCACUCGCGCCGGGUAGCAGGCGGUGCCAAGGAGAAGAAGCACCCCUGUGACCACUGUGACCGGCGAUUCUAUACCCGCAAGGAUGUGCGGCGGCACCUAGUGGUGCACACAGGCCGGAAGGACUUCCUGUGCCAGUACUGUGCCCAGAGAUUUGGCCGCAAGGACCACCUGACACGUCAUGUCAAGAAGAGCCACUCGCAGGAGCUGCUCAAGAUCAAGACAGAGCCAGUGGACAUGCUAGGCCUCCUCAGCUGCAGCUCCACAGUCAGCGUGAAGGAAGAGCUGAGCCCUGUGCUGUGCAUGGCCUCUCGGGACGUGAUGGGGGCCAAGGCCUUCCCUGGCAUGCUGCCCAUGGGCAUGUAUGGUGCCCACAUCCCUGCCAUGCCUGGCACAGGCAUGCCACACUCCCUGGUGCACAAUACGCUCCCCGUGGGCAUGAGCUACCCUCUGGAAUCCUCACCCAUCUCUUCCCCAGCUCAGCUCCCUCCAAAAUACCAGCUUGGAUCUACCUCAUACUUGCCCGACAAAUUGCCCAAAGUGGAGGUGGAUAGUUUCCUGGCGGAUUUUCCUGGAAGCCUGUCUCUCUCAUCCGCCGAACCCCAGCCCGCCUCACCUCAGCCGGCGGCAGCUGCGGCCCUCCUAGAUGAAGCACUGCUCACCAAGAGCCCCGCCAACCUCUCUGAGGCCCUGUGCGCUGCUAAUGUGGACUUCUCCCAUUUACUGGGCUUCCUUCCACUCAAUCUGCCCCCGUGUAACCCACCGGGAGCUGCAGGAGGCCUGGUCAUGGGCUACUCCCAGGCUGAGGCCCAGCCCCUGCUCACCACUUUGCAAGCUCAGCCUCAAGAUUCCCCAGGAGCUGGGGGACCCCUGAACUUCGGGCCUCUGCACUCCUUGCCUCCCGUCUUCACCUCUGGCCUGAGUAGCACCACCCUGCCUCGUUUCCAUCAAGCAUUCCAGUAGCCCCCACGGAGGCCCACAGCUCAGUCUUAGGCUCUGUCAGGGAGCCUUCAACCCGCCCCGUCCACAUCCCCGUGAAGGCAGCUGAGCUUUCAGAGCUGGGUUCAAAAAGAAAAAAUUCUAAUGUGUAUGUGGAGCACUUGGUUUGAGGGUUCAGGCUCCAGGAUUGAUUCCAGGAGGAACCUUGAGCCCCAGCCCCGUGAAAAGAUCUACCAUGAACUUUCAGGUAUUAUUUUUUUUUUAAUCUGAAUUGGGAGCCCCACUUAGCCUUCUCCCUCUCCAAAGCUUCAUAGCUCCUUCUCCUUGGAGAAGGAGAGGCCUCUCGGAGAAACAGAGGGUUUCACCUCGGAUGACCUCAAGAGAAAUAGCCCAAGAAGCCCGCCCUCUGGUCCCAUCCUGCAGACCACAGCAGGCAGUUGCCAGGCUCUGCUGUGGACGUCACCUGGCUCCUCUGCCUGCUUCCGACCAGCAGACAGAAGAGAGGGUCUCCAUUCUUCCGGCCUGCCCCGUCUCCCUGUUCCACCAGCUCCGUUUUCAGUCAGUGUUGUCCAGCAACGGUACCGUUUACACAUUCGCCUCAGACACACCAUUUCACCUCCCUCGCCACACUGUUAGCCUUAGCGUGACUGCAGUGAACUCUGUUUACACACCGUGAAUCCAUUCCCACCAGUCCAUUUCAGUUGGCACCAGCCUGAACCACUUGGUACUUGGUGUUGACUGGAGCCCUGUUUACAAGGCGGAGUCGGGUCUUGCUGACUUCUCUUCACUUGAGGUCACAUUUUUUCCCCCGUGGGGAAUAAACUGACUUUGGACUGUUUCGGUCUCUGCCAUCUUCCAUGACUGCAUCUCCCUGCCUCCCACGGCAGUGACCACAGGAGAUAGGCAAGAAGAUUGGAGCAGGUUUCUCACCCGUCUGCAAUUCUGUUUUUCUCCAAGUACAUCAUGACUCCUUUCAUCCUCCUUUUGAACUGGAGAGAGGAAGAAACGAAAGGCAGGCCUGCAUCUGUCAUCUCCCCAUCCCCAACCCCACCCUGAACAUCAUGAGCUGUUAUUUGUCUUGGAAGGAGGGCCUCCGGUUUUAGGCUGCUGGGGCUGGCAAAAGAGAGAGACUGUGCCCUUUGUUUGUCUCCCUCUUGCUUGUCCCUUUUCCAAGAAAUUGUGGAAUUGUUGGAAGAAGAAUUUUAAGAAAGUCAGGACUGGGCACAUACUCGAAUUCUAAUCUAUGUAAUCAUUGUUGCCUCCCAUACCAAAAAUUCUCUUAUCCAUGGUGUCCCUUCCGUCUCCCUCACCUUGAGGUCCUCAUGGAUUCAAGGCCACUGUGCAUCGCCUUCUCUGGUCUCCAUCCAGGAACUCCCACCUUCUCAUGGCUCCCCUCAGUUGCCCCUAGCAGCUAGCAAGGUUUCUUGCAGGAAAGGAUUAAUUCCUGACUUGUGGGGCUCCCUGCCAUAGACAGCGCAGCCUUUGCCUGGAACCCAGCCAAACCCCAGACUCUGCUUCAUCUCAGUUUUGCAUGGGCUCUUCCCACAUGUGGGAGGGAGGCAGCUCAGGGACCACCAUCUUGGGGCCUCUCGAGACACCUCUCUAAUUCAGAAACACACUUCUACCUCUUUACUGUUAACUCCUAUACAGUUGCAGCCGGCAGUGCGGGCACUCUCGUCGGUGUUGUCUCUGGCUGGCUUCUCCACUAGGGUUUCAGGAUGAACUACCUAGGAACUGCCUCAGCCUUCCAGCAGUCCUCUGCAGCCCCUACCUUCUGUCCUGAUGCCCUUCGGUUUAGCAUCAAUAACUGUGCAGGUCCAAGCCCCAGGCUUCUGCUUCAUCCUAGGCCAGUCCUGCUGAAGGUCUAGCCCGCUGGCCCUUGAGCGGCAACAGUGUGGAGUGAAUAAGCAUGUUUUGAUUAGCUAGGGAUAAGGUAGCUAGGGAUACCUUUAAGAACACAAAACCAGAUAGAAAAGUGUCUGGUAAGGUUAGCAUCUGACUAGGUGAUUUGCUUCUAAAAAUAGUUUCAGUGAGUCCCAGGGACUAAUUAAGGUUUAUUUUUAAAAGGGUCUACCUUGGUACGCAGCCGCCACCUGCAUGCUGUGCAUGUUCUAGGAAUUGGUAUGUGAGAACCCAUGUGGGACUCGCUGCUGCCAUUCUCCUUGUGUGUGGUCUUCACUAGACCCAGCACCCCUCCCCCCUGGCCGGCAGCCUUCCUGUGCCCUCAGCUUCCACAGGCAAGUAAGCCUGUAGCCACAGAGUGUAAAGUCCUGGGCUGUUAGAGGAGUCCUGUCCUGCCUGCCUGUCCCUUCCUCAAAUUCUUCCUCUCUGAUGAGGCUGGGAACUCAGAGGACAGGCAGAACAAUUGUUAGAUACCUUAGAGGGCCUGGCACCCACCUCCUGUCUUCUCUCCUUGUCUUCCGUCCUUCCUCUCCUUCCCUGCUCUCUCAGUGCCCUCACCACAAGGAACCUUCCCACCACUGAAGUUUGCUGGUGCAGAGGAGCUUUGUGUGCUGUUACCUUUUGGACCAUAGCUACCCUGUUGUUUCAUAACCCACCAACACCACCCCCCUCCCAACCCCCACCAAAGAAAAAGACUUUUUGGCCUGGCUGUUCAUAAGAAUAGCUUUAUCCUGCUCUCAGUACUCAAAACUCUACUUCAGUCCCCCUUCUGAUGCUAGGAGAGCCAGAGCAGCAUCUGCCCAGGACAGGAGCUGCGGCAAGUGGCACAAACCAAUCAGGGACCAGGUUAUAGGAGUGCUGUGCCCUUUUGUAGUCACUGCUCAGACCCUGAGCUGACUUGAACAGGGACAAGUCAAUGCCCACCCUGCCCAAUAGCUGGUGUGCACUGAGGACAGCCCUGGCGUCAGCUCAAAGGAUACCUGCUCAUUUUCCAGAGGUGUGAGGCAGGAAAAGGCCCACCAAUAAGUUCCCCCAACUUCUUACAUGGCAUUUUGUUAAUGGAAAUCUGGGAAGCAGGUGUGAUUACCUUUUUGCUCGUAGAUGUUGUUCUAAGUUGAAACUCCCUUCCUGUCCUCAAACUUUCCCUAGUGACCCUUUAAGUUCCCCCCUCCCUUUUUGGUAGCUGUUUUCUCCACCCCUUCCAGCUUUCCCUCUUAUCUAGGAGCUGUUUUUAAGCACGAUUUUUUUUAACAAGUAUUGUACAGGAUCAAUAUUUUGCUUUUUAACAAGGAUAUUUAUGUAAUAAGAAACUUUGCCUUAGGCAGGUGUUGGCCAGAAAAGUCCAGAUUCCUCUGGGAUCCCACCCUGGCCUCUCCUGGAGCUCUGAACCUGCUGUGGAAGGAAUUGGCCAUGACCUUCACCACUGGAGAGCAGGGUCUCUGUCGAGGAAGGAGGUGUUCACUGUGAUGACCUAGUGCCCACAGAGGGGUGGAGGUGUUCCAGCGUCCUGCAGGUGUGGCUGGCGUCCUUUGUGAUGCUCCCACCUGCACUCCUCCUCCACACAUGGGCACAGCAGCAUCUCCUCUAGACCUUCCCUCCCUCCUAGUGGUCAAGGCUCCCAAGCCACUCUUUCGUAAUGCCAGAUUAUUUAAAGAGAAAAAUACAAGAUGAAAACCUUCUAGCACUUUGUAAACAGUGAAUAACCUCUUGGAGUAUUUUUGGCUUUAUAUAAAACAAGGUUUUUAAUUGUAAAAUGUAAGUGCCAUUAGAAAAUGCACAGGGCAUAUCUUUGUUAAAGUAGAUUUUUCAAUGUUUUACAGAAUUACAUUUUCAAAAAAGUUUUUAUAAUGAAGUUGUUUAUUAAAAACUUCUGAAUGAUG